UCCAGAAAUCUCUCACCAGGAAUUUGCAGAAUGAGGAUUUUCGUAGCCUUUGAGGGAGUCUUUGAGUCCUUUGAUGCGUCCCCAGAUGACACAGUGCAGGCUGUAAAGCUGAUGAUAAAGGAUUAUUUCCACGUCCCACUGGCUGAAGAUAAACAAGGUCGGAAGUACCUGGAGCUGAUUUAUGCUGGGGCAGUGUUGAAGAAUAGCUGGGUCCUGGCUGAUAUAGGGAUAACCGCCUGUUCAACUCUAAAGUGCACAGUGAAGGAAGAAGACAAGCCCGUCCUCUAUGUCUACAACGCCGUGACCCAAGACACAAUCCCUAUCAUGGGGAACAUUUACGUGGUGGAGGAAAAGGUCUCCUACCUGAAAACGCUCAUCAGCCAGCUGUUGGGCUUCCCUUUGGGCGUCUUCUGCCUGCGCACUCCCCGGGGGAGAGAAAUGUACGACUGCAACACCCUGAAAGAUUACCAAGCAGAUGUUGGCACAACCCUUCGGCUGGACGUGUGGGAUGGCUGGAAAGAAUUUCUGGCUGGCUGUCUUUUAGGCCGGAAGCUUGAGGCUCAGCGCUACCUAGCAGAAGAGGAACCCGUACUCAAUUAUCAGAAGAGGGUAGCACUUUACAUCGCCGCAUUUCACGGGCACGUCGAGCUUACCGAAUGGCUCCUGAAGCAGGGGGCGAGGCCUAACGAACCAGUCGGCGUUCACCCUUAUCGAGAAUGGUGUCACGAGACCCAUCACCCGGAUGUCACCAAGUGCCCCGUCCACGCGGCUGCCGAGAAAGGCCAACUGCUGAUCCUUAAGGCCUUCGUCAACCACAGCGCGCUCUGCCUGGAGUGCCCAAACGCGGAGGGUCAGGUUCCACUCCCCCUGGCCAUCAAAAACAAGCGGAAGGACUGCGUGUUGUAUCUGGCGGCCAAGAUGCGGUCCGUGGUUUCGUUUUCGAAAAUUUCCGUCCCCAUGAGAAUCUACGUCGGGCUGAAACGAUGGCUUCUCCGGGCGCAGAGUCGCAUCCCGACUCCGAAGCGGCCUAGCGGAUCGCGCGGGGCGCGGGUCGGGGACGUCAUUUUGGUGGACGGUUUCACGGAGCCUAGGAUGACUUCCAGAGGGAAGCCGAAGGCCGUGAGCCCCGUCGGCCUAAAGGCUUCCAAACUGCUGAGAAUCCUCGAGCGAACCCAAGGUCUCAGGGUGGGGAAUCCCUGCGGGGCUUCCCGGCGGGAUCUUCGCGAGGAAACCCUCCGACUGCCUCCGGUUGAAGAGGGCCCCGAGAUGCCCGAACUGCAAAGAAGGCAGGCAAGGAGUAAGAAACAGAAGGCAGACUUCACCACCGGGAUCAAGGAUGGGAGCUUCGAUAGCGUUCCUCUUCCCCCGCUUUCAAGACGUGGACAUUCCCAGGCUCCUUUAUACUCUCCCUCCCGCAACGCUGCUCUUUUCCUGAAUUCCUCCCUCAAAUCUUUCUCUGAACACAGUGGGAAGACGCCAAGAGAGAAUGCCAUCUACUGCUUAGCUGCCGCAAGUGCCUUUAAAGAGAAAGGAUGGCUGCAGCAGUUAGCCAUAGCAAGGAUUCUAGCCAAGAGGAGCGUUUCCAACCCGACUGCGGGAAGAAGCCUGACUGCAAAUCAAAAUCUGCCGGGGCGUGAGCUUCGAGAAGGCGAGAUGACCCCCGCUGGACUUGGCUCCGUGUCCUAGCACCUGCAAUUCAGAUUUUUUUUUUAAACUGAAAAAUUAUCUUUAAGAAAAAGCCUUGCACUAAGUUAUCGUCUCAUCGAAAUUAUUUGAACUUACCCAAAAUGAGCUUCCAGAGGGUGCAGAAUACCGAGUGAAAGCGCAUUGAGAUCAUUCAGGCUUCAGACAUCACCAUCUCAAGUGCGUAGACCUAGCAGGCCAACCCUGUAGAGCAAGAGGAGACCCUUUCUGUGGAUUUCCAAUCCUGUAAUCAGAUGUCAUCAUAAUCACCAGUGGCAUUUACUGAGCGCUUACUAUGUGUA